UUAUGCCGGCUUCCGGUUCCGGCCGUCGUGCGUGUCGCUUGCCCCUAACACGGUCGGAACCGCAGCGGACGGAAACGGUUCUCGGCCGCUGGGGCGGGAGGCGCAGUGAUGCCCCGGUAUUACGAGGAUAAGCCGGAGGGCGGCGCGUGCGCGGGCGUGAAGGAGGACCUGGGCGCAUGUCUGCUGCAGUCGGACUGUGUGCUCCAGGUAGCGCAGCCGGACGCCCGGGGCGGUGAGACGCCGGAACCCGAGAGGCAGAGCCCGGCCAAGGAAGGAAAAUCCCCUCGACAAUGUCUGAAGGAAGGAAACUGCCAAGCUCUGAAAUACUCAUUUUUUGAAUGUAAAAGAUCAAUGUUGGAUGCCAGAUCAAGGUUCCGAGGAAGAAAAGGAUAUUGAUGCCAACAAGCUGAAACCAAAAUGAAAACAACAAAGGAUUUUCUCUGGUCACUUAAAACAGAAGCCUACACAGGAGACACACUUGCCACAUCUGAUGGGUUAUAUUUCCCUCCACAAACAGUGGAGAAAAUUGAUGAGUUCUGUUUUUGAAUAUGUAAAGUAAAUGAUUCUCUUCCUCUCAGUUAAUUUUGGAAGAAAAAUUUAAUCGGACAGCUGUGAAGCUGGGAGCAUCAUAAUGUGUAUUAAGAAUUAUUCUAAACCACAAAAAGUGGAAAGAUUGUUAUUUUCCAGCUUGACUCUUCAACCAGAUGACUCAGUUUGCAUGUCCUUUGUGAAUAUUAUGAAGGCCACUGGUGGGACUGUUAAAAUUGAUAACAUGCAGUCUGGGGAGAAAAUGUCUAUUGGGAAGGCAUUGGGUAAAGACUUCUACUCAAUCUGCCCUAUUUAAUUCUAAAAUAAAUUGUCUUUGAUUCCUUGGA